UGUGUUGUUUCAAGAACCUCGUAUACCUCCAAAGCAUCUCCGAGAAAGCGACAUCUCUCAAAAUCUACACACACUUCUUCAGGAUAUUUCUGCUUCAAACACUAUCCACAUAUUUUUCCUUUUUUUAUUCGUAAAACGACAGUGAGAAGAGAGCAAAACUACGGAGAGAAGAAAAUGGAAGGAGGGACGAGACUCGGCCGGGCCUCCUCGAGGUACGGUCCAACCCAACCUCCGCCUGUGUUCGAUGGUCCAGUUAGAAAGUGGAAGAAGCAGUGGGUCAGUUCUCAGUCCAGUAACAGCGAUAGCAAACGGAAAAGCACCCCUCCGAUCCUCCUCUGCCGAUGGACCCCGCUUUCUUCUACUGCCACCGCCGCCGACUCCGCCAACCCUGAUCAACCGGCCAAGCGCCGUUGCCGAUACACUCCGAUUGUUCCAAUAGAAAAGGAGAAAAAGGAAGCUCAAGAAAAUGUUAGCAAUGAAGGCAGUAAAAGCAAGGAGAAUCAAUCUAAAGUCAGUGCAAACAUGGGAAGUGAUAAUAUCUUUGAAAAUCCCAGCACUGGAGAUAUCUCUAAGGAAGAUACUCAGGAGGUGAGUGAAGGUCAAUCUGAUUCAAACGACUUGGAUGGAGAAGAAGAAAGCUAAGAUGUGUAGAGAAAUGUUACAUGGAAGUUCAAGAGGCACGAACUGUUACAGUCCAAACCGACCCCCAUGCGCCCCAACUAUUCUAUUAGGGAUUAUCGUGUAGCUACAUGUAGACUCUGCCAUGUAAUUAAGAUCCAGUAUUGACAAUAGCUCUCCCUCCUCUCUUGGUGUACAAAUUAAGUACAGUUAAGAAUGAUCAUCACGACUUGCUGUUGUGUUCAAUAGUC